CUGUAAUGUGACCGAAUACUUUUGAAAGCCACUCAAUGUAAUAGAAAUUUCCAUACAUAAAAUGAACACCGUCUUUUCUUUCAUGAUUAUAAAAUAGAUUUCUUGUAACUACUUUUUCCUUGUCUUGUGUCAUAUCAUAACUGUGUGACAUGUUUACUAAAUAUCUUUGUGCUAAAAACAAAUUAAAAGAAAAGUAGGGCAAACAAAACAAAGUCAUGUAUAUAGAGACAAUCAUAGAGUAGCGAUGACAGAUGGACUGCAUGUAUUGUCUAAGUUGGGUGUGUGCACGUGUGACGUCAAAUGUACAUAUGCGGGAAGAACAAAAGGGGCUUUUGGUUUUCAGACAAAAAUAUUUAAUCAUAUGAGGUUAAAGUUCUUCUGUUCUUUGUGUAAAUGCUUCGGAUAUAAAAUUCCUUUGGUAGUUCACAUGGUGCAACAGCAGCCAUCACACAAAUCCCAAUGAAAGGGAAUAGAUUGAAUUUAUGCUUCCCGUAUUGUGCUUAAGCAAACUUUUAUGACUUUUGGUGGGCUUCAGGUAUGCUAUGUGUACAAUUUAAAUUUAAAUGCCACUUUUUCACCAUUCAUUACACAGACAGUCUGAGUUUUCAUUAUCGCUUUAUCAGAUAUUUACCAAAGAAGAUAACUGAGAUACGUCUGGAAUCUCAAUGUUUUUAUUUGUUUCAUGGUUGUCGAGUAAUCAAGACUAUCCCUUGAACAUCGGGUGUUCUGGAAAUAAGUAAAAAGCAGUUCAUUUGGGAAAACAAAGCAAUUUCUUAAGAAGUAAAAUCAUUUGCCUGAGCUGCUUUAAUAAAGUAGAGAAAAAAGUGGAUUUCUGCAUCACCAAUGGUGACGUAAAUAAGACAAAAAGCUGCUCAAAAGCAGUAAUGCUGAAUAUAAAGAAGAGAAAAAAUAGUUGUUCAAAGCAACCAUUUUCACAUGGGGGACAGAAACUUCAGUUUCGUGACUUAUUAAUUUUAAAUUUACAUACAAAACAUUGGCACGGCUUCCCAUGUCUCCAAGUAAAUGGACUUUGGUUAGAGACCUGAGAUACUGUUGUGGUGAACAUAAAAAACUUACAUGUGUUGAGUUUCCCUCUGUGUGUGUGCACAAUACUGUAGUUUUUAAUACUGAGAGCAGUGUGUCAGGAUUUACAAGAUGAAUCAUCAUCAAUUUCAAACUCAAACUCAAAUCUCUUAUUUUAAGGCUUUUACAUUAAAAUAUAAAACAACUUGAGGUGACUUGUUGUUUACAACUUAUUGUAAAUCGGGGCCCAUAUAAAUAAAACUUUAUUGAACUGAUUUGUUUAUCAAAGUUUUUGUAAUUACAAAAGGAAAACGUUUUCCUCUCGAUGGGCAUUCUGAAGUAAAAGGUCAUUACUGACAAAACUUGCUCUUGCAUAAGAUGGAGGGGACAUUUCAAGUUGGGCAUACUGUAAUAACCAGAAAACUCACACUGACACCUCUCACCAACCACUGCUGAAAGUGUUUACGAAAAUAAAAUAUAAAAUAAAAAUAAAAAACUUAACAAAUGUAACAGAGACCAAAGAUAAUGUUAGCCCUGCCUUCACAGUACAUUACUGUCAGACAGACAAUCAUGAAACUUUUCUCGUUCUACAACAUGUCCCAGCCUACUUUUGCCUAAUGACUUUCUUUUGUGCAGAGACUUUAUCACAUUCAUCAUGUCGCUCUCUGCACUGGUACCGCUGCUGCUGCUCGUCUGUAGUGUCCAGGCUAAUUUUUACAGUAUAGUGGUGAACUACUACCCAAGUGGCAAUGAUUCAACAGGAUCUUCCACUGGCAUUCUUUAUUACAAGUUGGGCUACAGCUUCUGCUUGAACAGUGUGCCCUACUACAUCGACGGUCAGCCACUUGUGCUACAAAAGGUCGAUGAGCCGAUAAAUGGAGAGUGGUGCCAAACUGAAGGAGUCAUCUCUAAGUAUUUUUCCAGCAACUCUAUGUUUUCAAUUCCGGCCUCUGGCAUAGACUGGAUCUUUGGCAUCAAAAAUGGCAUCGUAUCAUUUCAAAUUCAGGCUCUGGUGGAACUGAGGAUCCGCUCUGACAUCGGCAAAGCCAACACAUCACCACAGACCACUAUCAUACCAGCUAUCAGAGUUCCAUCAAACUGUCCAAGAAAUCUGAGCCUGUUGAUGUUUGAUCCUGAUGGAGACAUAGUGAAAUGCAGAAAUGGAGAUGCAUCACUCUCAGAGUGUAGGCCCUGCACACCACCAUCUGUUCUCAGCCUUUCACCAUCCUCUUGUACUCUGUCAUUCAGCCCCACGAACAGCAGUGAUGAAGGUCCGUAUGCGGUACAGCUGAUGAUAGAGGACUUUCCCAGACAGAACAUAACGUUGACUCAAACCAACGGGACACAAACAAUAAUAACAACCAACGACGCUAUCAGCAAAAUGCCAGUUCAGUUUGUCGUGAGAGUGGAUCCUGCAGCACCAUCGUGCACAGAGGGACUCUUUCUACCCAUGUUCCUGCCUCCAACCCCAGCCCACAGAACCCAGCUCUACACCAGCGUCAAUCAGACUCUGGCUAUCAGCAUCAAGGCACAGACACUUAACUCCACGAUCUCUGAGCUGCUGUUCAGCGCGCCGCACACAGUAACUGAAAGUCAAACAGGCCCAGGAGAGUUCACACUGACGUGGACGCCAUCUGACUCAGUAGCUGGACAAAGCCACCCCAUUUGUUUUGUUGUCCAAGCAGUUUUAGGAGCAGCCAAGUACCACUCUGAGCUUCGAUGUGUCAUUGCGACCGUUAGAAAAGCAUCGCCAACUACAUCACCCAAUACACCAGAGUAUGUUGCAGCUCUGAAAAUGAAGUUGUCUUCUACAGUGGACUUGUCUCAAAUCAAUAGGGAUGUCUUCUUAAAUCAGAUUAAACAGAAACUGGAGUCAUAUGGACUGCCUGAUGACGUCAGUCUGCGCCUCAUAAACAGUGUGCCACAGAUUGGCGUAACUGCAGCGUCCUCUAAUUCUACAAGAUGAACCUGAAGUCCUGCAUCUGCAUGCUCUAUCUUCACUCUUUCUGUACCAAUUGGAAACAUCUGUGUGGAAAGAUAAUACAAAAUCUUACUUAUCACGCAUAAUUUUGCAUUCAACCUGUCUGUCAUAAAAAUUGGUGAUAAAACAUUA